AGUAACGAAAUCGGAACGUUCGCUUCGGUCGUCUGUCUAUCAAGCGAAUUGGUCCCCAAGAAUAUUAGCAUUCCAAGAUGGGAGCAAUCAAUAUGAGGAUCUGUGUCCUGGCGGCCUGUCUCCUAAUGGCGUCGCAGGCCAGCGGCUACACGAUGAGUGACCUGUGCAAACAGUGGUCGGGCAUUGGAUUCAUCGGCAAUCCGAGCAACUGCCGUGCCUGGGGAUACUGCAAGAACCAGGAGGUUGUGUCCUGGGGCACCUGUGACGGCGACUUGGUGUUCAACGCGCAGACCGGCAGCUGUGCUUCCCCUAAUACCACGGCGUGCUCCACCAGUGCCGUGCAGACAUGCGCCAGCGUCAAGUCUCCCAUGUAUGUGGCCAAUCCGUUGAACUGCACCGAAUACGGCUACUGCGAUGGCACCGGCCAAAUCUCCUAUGGCGAUUGCGGUACCGGCGCCGUCUUCUCGGCGUCCACCAGAUCCUGUGUUUGGGGACCUGCCUGCCCGCAGGACAGCAUCUGUCGGUUCAUGUUGUCCAACAUCUUUGUAGGCGAUCCGAACCAGUGCGGCAACUACAUCAACUGCGUCAACGGCUAUGGCACGUCCGCGAAAUGUUCCAGCACCGCCAAUCCCUACUAUAAUAGGGUCACUGGCCUGUGCCAGUCGACGAAUCCGUGCACCGGCGAGGAUUCUAACAGUGGAAACUCUGACCAGUUCACUGUUGGCCAAACAAGUUCAACUGCUUGUGCCACAACAACUUUUAAUGCAUCACCUGAACUUACUGUAAAUGGGGAAAGUGUUGACUAUAGGUACGUUUCUGAUGGUGCAACCUGCUAUGGGUACUACUACUGUGCAGAUGCAGGCGCCACUGGCUAUUGGAACCAAUGUCCCACUGGUACCCAAUUUAAUGUUAAAGUCGGCAAGUGCGUUUCACCAGCCUCCUUUGUCUGUACUUAUAACCGAUGUGGGAACGUUAACAAUCCAUUCAUGGCAGUUGAAGGUUGCACGAGCUACACAAUCUGUUCCAGCGGACUAACCGGAAAUUGUCCCACCGCUUCAGCGUACUACGACGAGGUGAACAAUAUCUGCACCACCACAAAACCCAAUUACGCCAUUUGUGCGUAGACGGCUAGUGCACGAGCAUCUCCUCCAGCCACGUCUGUUUGCCGAGAUACCCUUUAUGAAAUACACAAAUAAAUCCCAAUGCUGAAAGCAUUCAAAAGAAACUAAUAAAAAUGUUGACUUCGACCAAUCGAAA